AUGGGGUCAUUACCUGGAAGUGUUGUCAAGCAAAGUAGAUACAGGUUGAUUGAAGUUGAAAUCAGUGAUGAGCAGUUUAGGUUUGUUGUGAACAUUGUUGAUGACUCAAGUAAUGCAUCUCUUUUGUUGUGGGAUAGAGAAGUGGUUCAACUAUUGGAAAAAAGGGUCACUGACUUGAUAGGGAGUAAUAUGGAGAAUUCUGCUAUGGAGUAUGUUCCUAGGAAAAUUGAGGAGCUGCUAUUGGGUCAAGAAGUGUUAUUUAAGAUACAAAGUAGGAAUAGCAAGGAAUAUUACCGUAGAUAUCCAUAUACAGUUAACAAAAUUUGUAAUAUUCCAGAAGUUGUUGAGAAAUUUGUUCCUGAGAACAUUGCAUCACAAGUUCUGAAUACAGAUGAUAAGUUGGCUGAUUUACUUUUUGUAGAGGUCUCUGGCAAAGGUUUUGUCAUACCUGAUUUAUCAGUUGUUACUAAACAAAAUGGGAUUGAAUGGAUUGCUGAAGGAAGUGUGAAGCGAUGCUUGGAAGAUGAGUUUGAUAACUAUGAUGAUGUCUGUUUUGGUAAGAUCAAGAAGACGAUGAAGAAAGUGAAUGUCAUUGAAGAUGAUGAUGAGGAUUCUGUCAGCUACACUCAGGAUUUAUCUGGUGCAGAUUAG